AUGAUCAGAAACAUCUGUAAACAGCGCUUUUCCGGUAGAAUAUUGUUAUCGACCAGAUCUUUGACGGCCAAGAAAUUGGUCUACGAAGGCUAUGGAGAUCCCGCAGAGGUCGUCAAACUACAAGAAUUUGAACUCCCAGAUAGCCUAGGGCCUAAUGAAGUGCAAAUCCGGUGGAAUGCCGCGCCAGUCAACCCGGCCGACAUCAAUCAACUUCAAGGUGUAUAUCCGGUAAAACCGAAGCUUCCGGCGAUCGCUGGAAACGAAGGAAGUGCUACGGUUGAGAAGGUGAGGCUGUAAAAAGGUCGUAAAAUUACUAGGCUUUGAAUUUGACCGUGAAUUUAAGGGUUUCUUGGAUGCUCAGGUUUUCGUGGUGGGACUCAAAUUGAGUAAAUUUAAAAUUGAAAAGAAGUGAUAAAUAUGUUUUUAAAAGUUUGCUACUUUAGGUUGGCCCCAAAGUUUCUGUUUUCAAACCCGGAGACCUUGUUAUACCAUCACAAUCCGGCCUGGGAACCUGGCGCACCCACUCAAUUCAUGGUGAAGAUGAAAUGUUCCCAUUGGACCCAAAGUUGAAUCAUAUACACGCAUCAACGUUCCAAGUCAACCCUCCGACGGCCUACAGAAUGCUCCAUGACUUUGUGAAACUUCAGAAAGGGGAUACUGUAAUUCAAAAUGGCGCCAAUUCCGCGGUCGGCCGAUUUGUCAUACAGGUAUGGGGAUUUUGAGAUUUUUUUGGUCUGUAGUAAAUAGUAGGGGUCUUUGUUGCUCUGAUUAUCUCGUUUUAUUCCAGUUGUGCCGGGUUUUUGGUUGGAAAUCGAUCAAUAUUGUUCGUGAGAGACCUGAUAUUCAAGACCUCAAAAAUGACCUCAAACAACUCGGAGCGGAUGUGGUGUAUACUGAAGAAGAGGUGAGAAGUUAUAAAUUUACUAGCUAUAACCAUGAAAUUGUCAAAAUUUGUGGAAAUUUAUGAUUUUUGACAUUAAUUUAUAUUACACUUGACAGCUGGCCAAAAAUAUCCGAGAAAUCUCGAAUGUUCGUCUCGCCCUGAACUGUGUUGGUGGCAAAUCCUCAUUCCAACUGUGUAGAACCCUCACGGAUCAGGGAUGCAUGGUCACGUACGGUGGGAUGUCCAAACAACCCACUCAAACUCCAACCGGACCUCUGAUCUUCAAGGAUAUCUCGCUUCGCGGAUUUUGGAUGUCCCAUUGGUACACGGUCCCGGAGAAUCUCGCAGAAAGGAAGAGAAUGUAUCAGGUGUUGGCUGAUUUGUUCAUAAAUGGUGGAAUCAAGCCGGCUCCGUACACGGAACAUCGCCUUGGAGAGUAUAAAGAAGUGCUGGGGAUUGGACUUCAAGCCAAGAAAAAACCCAUUUUUGUCUUUGAAUAG